AGCUUGUCGAUGAGAUGCAUGAUAGGUGUCAACCACCUAAUAUAAUUACGUACAAUUCUAUAUUGGAUGCUUUCUGCAAAAUUAAUUGUCUUGACAAGGCGAUUGCGUUAUUAACCAAAAUUAAGGAGGAGGGUAUUCAACUAGAUAUGUUCUCUUAUAAUAUUCUUAUCAAUGGACUCUGCAAAGGUGGAAGACUAGAGGAUGCACUAAAAGUUUUUGAAGAUCUUUUGGUCAAAGGAUAUAAUCCUAAUGUUUAUACAUAUACCAUUAUGAUCCAAGGGUUUUGUGAUAAGGGCUUGUUUGAUGAAGCAUUGGACUUGCUAUCAAAAAUGACAGACAAUGGUUGCACUCCAAAUGCUACAACUUAUGAAAUAAUUAUUCUUUCACUCUUUGAAGAAAAUGAAAAUGACAAAGCAGAGAAGCUUCUUAGAGAAAUGAUUGCGAGAGGUCUAGUGUAAGACUAGAACUUGACCAAUAGUUCUUAGGUAAAUAGUUAUCUUAAUACUCAUUUUUAUCUUGAAUUUAUAUUUAAACUAUAUGACAUCAUUAUGUUUUUGUAGUUGCCUCACCUAAUGAGAAACAAACUUCUGUUAUUGUUGUUUCUUUUGUACAAUGAAACUUGGAGUGUGCUCUCUAAGUUUCUAUAAAUUCCAACAAGUUUCAUAUACUCAAUUAAAUCUAAUUUUUGAAUUUGGAAGCUAUCCUUUUUUAUAAUACUUAAUUUAUGCUGCUUGUGCAAAAUUAGAACUUUAAAUGGCUACAAGAGUGGUUUUAGAGGGAAACUGAGGGCUCUUACUUCUGAUAAGAUUUUUUACAUCAAGUGAGAUUCUAUUCUAUUUCAAAUUUCAAUGGAUAGUUUAGAACGAAGGAAUUAUUUGAAAAAUUAGUCAAAGUGGCUGAGGUUUCAACCAUCAUACUCAAAUUAGUAACAUAAAGGAGAGUAAAUGAAUCCUAAAUGUAGAUUAUCUUUUGAUUCUUUAAAUGUAAGUUUUAAUGCUCCAUGCUUAGGUGUCUCUAGUUUUGUUUGUUGUUUUGGUGCUUACUCUAGAGGUGUUGCAUCAUUAUCUAUACACUCGAUGCUUAUAUUUUAUCACCAUUGUGUCACAGUUUUUGCAUACUGCAACAUACCUGAACCAUUAUGAAUUAAGUAAUUUUAGCAUAUGUCUUGUUAUGUUCACAAUUGUAGGGGGCGCACAUGCAUUUUGUAAUGGUUGCUGGUUUGGCCUAUAGGCUGUUGGAAUAUUUCUUUUACCAUCAUCAAUUUCGCCACAUAGUUCAUUUCUUCUCUAAUAUUCUCUGAUCUCAUUUUCCUGUUCUUACACUAGAUCUCCUGUACUAAUUGGAUUCUCUGUACUGAGCUCUCUAACUAUCAGAUAUUCCCCAAGUUAGUAUCUGUCUCACAUUGAUAUGUGCAUAGAACGCGAAAUCAAGAUUUCUACCAAAAGAAAAAGAAAAGAAGAAUGCACCCUCAAGUCCAAUGAUAGUGUGGCAGAUUACUUAUUUUAUUUUAACAAUAGGAUGUUGCUACAUUAGCCUCUAUCUGUGACAUAUUUCUUAUAGGUGCACAUUUUGACUAUUACUUCAUUCGCUUAUUUGGGAAGCAUAGAACCCUCAAGAAUUAUUUUGGACAUAGAAAGUUCAAGUGUACAUAAUCAUAUUUUUAUUUUGACUAUCACAUUUUACUGCUAUGUUAUAAACAACCUCAAAUACUGUACUACAAGAUUGUGUCUAUGAAUACAU